CUGUUCUCGCUUGUUGUAGCCGUAGUUUACGAGGAUGUCCCGUGAUUGUGAUUUCUUGAUUGUAGGUGGUGGUAUAGCCGGUGUGAGCUGCGCCGAAUCCUUGGCCAUAUGCUGUCCUUCGGCCAGCAUUCUUCUGCUCACCGAGUCCAGCGUGGUGAAGAGUGUGACGAAUCUGGUUCCCAUAGCUCGUUACUUGCACAAAUUCGAUGUACAAGAGCAAAAUAUAUCAGACAUUCGUGCCCAGUUUGAGACUCAUGUGGAUCAGCUGGAGUACAUCAAUAGCAAGGAGCAUUGGGUUCGCACCAAGAAAGGAUUGGUUAUCAAGUAUGGCUACCUCUGUCUUUGCACCGGUGGAUCACCGAAACUGUUCAACUCUGGAAGGGCGGGCAAGGAGCAGGAAGAUGCAUGUGUUAUAGGUAUACGAGAUACGGAUUCGGUGCGGGAACUGCAGCAAAGAUUGGGUCAGGCAAAGGAAGUAUUGAUCUUGGGCAAUGGAGGCAUUGCCAGUGAAUUGGCCUAUGAGCUGAAGGGUGUUGAAAUCCACUGGGUAGUCAAAGACAGUCACAUAUCAGCUACGUUUGUCGAUCCGGGAGCUGCAGAGUUCUUUGAAGUGUCUCGACGUGAAGUUAAAGACGACGAGGAGGACGAUAAAGAACCGCCAACGGAAACAGCCGUGAAAAGAAUAAGAUAUAGCGAGAUUGUAUCCAGUGAAAACGAUGAAAGCAAGCAAAAAGCAGCUUUGGGUCCCGACUGGCAUAGGAGCUACAACCUGCGUGGUGGACUUGUUAACCAGGGACGAAUCCCUCCCAGGAUUCACUACAAAUGUCACAUAGAUGACUAUUGUAUGCAUCCUGACGGAAAAGGUGGCCUACAGAUCAAGCUGCGGCAUGAAGAUGGCCAUUUCGAAGAACUAAAUUGUGAUUUUAUAGUCUCCGCCACGGGAGUGCAACCUCGCCAUGACUUUGAGACAGAUCAUUCCUUUAACAUUUCACAAGAUGGUGGCAUUUGUGUGAAUGAGAUGAUGCAGACCAAUCUCCCAGACAUUUACGCUGCGGGGGAUGUUUGUACUGCUACCUGGUCGCCGGCUCCUCACUGGUUUCAAAUGCGUUUAUGGACACAGGCGCGGCAAAUGGGUUCCAUGGCCGGACGCAGUAUGGCUGCAGCUUUUGAGGGAGAGACUAUCUACCAGGACUUCUGCUUCGAACUAUUUGGGCAUGUAACACAACUUUUCGGCUAUCCUGUGGUUCUAUUGGGACGUUUUAUUGGCCAGGACCUAGGCCAAGAUUAUGAGCUACUUGUCCGCUGUACGCGUAACAAAGAGUAUAUCAAAUUUGUCCUGCAAAAUAAUCGCCUAAGAGGAGCCAUUCUCGUGGGCAAUACAGAGCUGGCCGAGACGUGUGAGAAUCUUAUACUAAAUGGCAUAGAUCUGGAGCCCUAUGGUGAUGAUAUACUCAAUCCCGACAUUGAUAUAGAAGAUUAUUUUGAUUAAAAAUUAAAUUUACUUUUAAAUGUAA